AUGAAUAGCUGUUGCCGCACAGCCGCCCUGCGAAUAUUUGUCAGAAACAUCAGCCAAAUCCACUUCCCGCCACCAACGAGCGCAUAUCGCAUUCCUCGCUACCACUCGACACUGACUCGAUUAUCCACGUUACAACGGACAAUUGCUCUCGGUAGCACACGAGACAGGUUACUUCACACAUCAUGUCCUGAGGGGAGAGAAGAGGGUGCCUGGCCACCGCCAGAAGGGCUCCCCGCGCACCAGGAACCAAGUCCUCCUAAGAUUGUCUUCGAAACCACCCACGAUGCACCUUUUGAACCGACAGAGGUGACGAUAGACGCUCAAACACCAACACAGAAUGAAUCGGCCAGCCCACAAGACUCUGGCGAGGUUCAGCCAAAACCUCUGGGAAAAUGGGCUAGAAAAAAGUUGAAGAAGGCGCAGCAAGCUACCGCAAUGAAGCCGGAGGGGGGGGAAGAGGCCAGCGCAGUGGCAGAUGCGGAACACGACAUCACAAUGGUUGUUGGGGAGGAAAAUGACGAGGCGCCGUCUAGUGAAUUACCAGCAAAGGAUCAAGACGAGGUGCCAUCCAGCGACCGACCAGUACAGGACCAAACCACUGUUGAAAGAGAACCCGACACCCAGCCUGCCGAAAAGGAGGAUAAGUCAAAAAGCAAGAGGCCAAAACGCGACAGGCCAGAAAAAUGUGCGCCAAAGAAGGAGCCCAAAAAGUACAAGAUCAAGAGGCUGAAGAAGGAAAGGGAGGAGAAAAGGCGAAAGAAGCUGGAAAUGAUGGAGUCCGGAGAAGUGACGAUGGCCAAGGUCGAGCUACAGAAGGCCCUGAAGGAGAAGAAGGAGCGUGAAGAACGGGAGCGAACGAACCCGAUGGCUCUGAAACUUGAGGCUGCUCGUGCCGAAAGGCUGGCAAGGAAGGCCGAGCUCAAGUUGGCACGAAAGGAAAGGAGGCGGCAGGAAUUCGAAGAGGCGAAAAGGAAGGCUGAGGCCGAGGCCGAGGCUGAGGGCAAGGAAGAGUGGCAGAUUCAGAAAGAGGCGCUCAAGGCAAAGUUUCCAGAGGGCUGGAUGCCGCGCAAGAAGCUGUCGCCAGACGCUCUUGCUGGUAUUCGCGCCUUGCACAAGCAGUUCCCUGAGCAGUACAACACCGCCACGCUCGCCAAGAAGUUCGAGGUAUCCCCGGAGGCUAUCCGCAGAAUUCUCAAGUCGAAAUGGACACCGGACGCCGAGGAGGAGGAGGAGCGACAGGGGAGAUGGUUUAACCGUGGCAAACGGGUUUGGGCUCAAUGGGCUGAGCUUGGAAAGAAACCGCCUGCGAAGUGGCGUGCCGAGGGUGUGGUACGCGAUCCCAAGUGGAAUCGGGGUAGGAAGAAGAUGGGGGGUUUCUUGGGCUGA